AUGUCGUCGUCAGAGAUCCUCACACCGUCGCAACUCAAUUCGAUAAGCAUCAUCGAACGAGUAUGCUCGGUGUUUUCGCUGCUAGGCUCCCUCUUCGUCAUUGGCACGUUUGUGUCAUCCAAGGCGUUUCAUAAACCCAUCAACCGUCUCGUCUUUUACGCCUCGUUUGGAAACAUGAUGACCAAUGUUGGAACAUUAAUGUCGAGGCAAUACCUGGGUUCCCCUCACUCCGUGGGCUGCCAGUUCCAAGCCUUCUUGAUCCAGAUGUUCAUGCCCGCAGACGCAUUCUGGACUCUUUCCAUGGCUAUCAAUGUGUACCUGACGUUUUACUUCAAGUUUGACGCUCGAAGACUACGCAAGAUGGAAAUCCCCUACCUCGUCGGCUGCUAUGGAAUCCCGUUCAUUCCUGCCUUUGUUUACAUCUUCAUCAAGAACCGGGAGGGCGAGCGAAUGUACGGUGAUGCAACCCUGUGGUGCUGGGUGAGUCCUGAGUGGGAUAUCUGGCGCAUCAUUACCUUCUACGGUCCUAUCUGGGUCGUCAUUGCCAUUACUUUCUUCAUCUAUAUCCGCGCUGGUCACACCAUCUAUCGCAAGCGAAGGGACCUCGACAACUUCAGCUCGACUGAUCAGGAUCUCACCUCCCUUGGAGAUGCCCUCGCUACUAUUAAGACUACUGAGGUUUCGGUGACGACCGAGGUGAUGGCCCCAAAUGCAAUCCACCUUCAGCCCAUGGGCCGCCGAGCUCCGGACGUCAACAGCCCGCAGGACACAAACGGAGCCUACUCGGUCACUAUCUCGGCAGAUACUAGCUCCGGGGAUAUUGCCGAUGUAGUACUCCCGAUCCAGCAGCAGCAGACGCGGACCAGCAUGCAGGUGCCCCCCGUUCAGCGCAACCCAGCUCGACGACGAAAUCGCGAGCUCAACAACGCAGCAUGGCAAUACACCAAGUGUGCCCUCCUCUUCUUCACGGCCAUCCUUAUCACCUGGAUCCCGUCGAGCGCCAACCGUGUGUAUGCUGUGUUCCACACCAAGCACUCGUCAGUGCCGCUCGAGUUCAUGAGCGCUUUUGUGCUUCCACUACAGGGCUUUUGGAACGCGCUCAUCUACAUGGUCACAUCGUGGGGUGCAUGCAAGAGCCUGCUGAGCGACCUACGCAUGGGUCGACGACCAGACGUGACCGAGUUGGUGGGUGGCAUGGCGCCUGAGAUCGGCGUGCACCAUCAUCACCACCACCGACAUAAUCUUAGCCAGUUCCGGGCCAACACACGCUCAAAUAAGUACGAGACGGAAAGUAUGACGGAACUGGCCAACGAGAGCAGGCCAAACUCGGACGACGGACGGCGAGAUAACAUACACGUAUGA